AUGGCUCGAUACCUCACGCCUGCCAAGAUUGGCCUCCUCGCUCUCAUCGAGCUGUACACGGACGAACAUGUCCCCGCCACGGCAAUCAUCCCCGUGCUCUCCUUCAUCACAUCACAUCUCCUCGACCCAGACCCUCAGUCCUUCACCAACACCGCCAGCAAGGACACGCGUUGGAGGAAAGCCGAGAGCACCGUCAGCCUCGUCAUCGGCAUCAAGGACUUUGAAAAGCUGCUGAGCGCCCACUCCGUCGUUGUCGGCCUGCCGGGGCGGAAGCUAUGGGACACGUUCCUCGCCAAGCUAUGGGGGAUCAACUCUCUCGAUCUGCUCCACGACUUCUUCGCGCGCCAGUCGCAGUGUCUGGCCAAGACGAAGGAAGAGCUGCUGCGGGCGGCGGGCGGCGACGAGACCAUUGCCGCGCAGCUGUUGCAGGAGCAGCAGCAGAAACCUGGGAUCACACUGUCGAGAAACUCGCCGCUGGGUCAGUUUGUGCGGCGGUGCCAGCUCGAGUUCACAAGGCUGCUGUUCCACGAUGCGACGCAGCUCUGGACGGAUUUCGUGCAGUAUCGGCAGCCUACGGCGGGGUACCUCCGGAAGAGGAACCCUUCCUUUGGCCGGCUCAGCUUCGACAAUGUUCUCAUGACGGGCGAGCAAUCGGAGUGGGACUUGGAGGGUGUUGCGGCGCUCACAUCUGUCGUCUAUGGCGAUAUGGUGAGGAACGGUACUCCUGCUGCUGUGCCGGUGAGCACAGACGACAUUGAGCUUUUGCUGGAGUUCCAGAUCGAGCAGAUGCAGAAAUUCGGCAACCGAAUACCAUUGGAACUGAGGAACCAUUUCCUCGAUGCUUGGAGAUCAGGCGACUAUCCUACAGCAUUUGAUUUCCUCCAUCAAUACUUUGACUACACGAUGCAGAACCGAGACAGACUAUUCUAUCAAUACGCCUUGAUGAACCUGGCAGUUUUGCAAGCAGACUUUGGGUGCUACAGAGAAGCCGUCGCAGCCAUGCUCGAAACCGUAUCAACGGCCCGCGAGAACCGCGACAUGACCUGUUUAAACUUUGCACUUAGCUGGCUUUUCCAUUUUGGCAGAGCACACCCGGACCUUGUGAGAGACCUGGAGGCAGACAGUCUCCUCGGCACAGCCAAGGAGAGUCUUUCCUACCUGCGAGUCAAGGCGAAGGAGACGGGAAUGUGGACAUUGUGGGCAUCAGUGCUGCUCAGUGAAGCGAAGCUUGGCCUGGCAAACGGCGAGAGCGUGGCGACAUCGGUCGAACUUGUGGUUCGCAGCUCUCACCUCAUUGUCGAGCGGAACAUGAAGAAUAUGUUUGGCGCCCAGCUGUCCAUCCUGAUUGCUCUGUGGGAUAGGCUGGGGCUGUCGCAGCUCUCGGCCAUGGACUGUGAGAUUUUCUUACGGUGUCACGCGAGACAUUCGAUAUUCGACGACGAGCUCAAGGUCACAUCUCGUUUGGCGUCGCAGCUCGCGGCGAGAGGCAAGUUUGACGAGGCGUUGCAGAAACUAGAGGCCCUCGACGAGAACGCCCUGCGAUCAUGGAAACCGAGCCAAUACUGGUACAAGUACCGGGGCAUCAUCAAACUGAAGCGGGACCUGCACCACAACAACCUCGACGGUGCAGAGCAGCUGCUCUCGCAGCUCUUGCAGUCCAAAAAGGACGACUUGGAACCAGACAUGGCCUUUGUCGUCGACUUACUCCACAUCGACUGCCUCACACGGCGGGGUGACCUACAGGCGGCUUUCAACAAGGUCGAGGACAUGCUGGCGGCGAUUCGCGACGAUAAGAGAGACAUUUCGCUCCGCGUGCGGCUCAUGCUGAUCAAGGUUCACCUUUAUGACAAGUGCGGGCGUCCGCAGAGGGGCUUCACCAUCGCCAUGCGCGCCGCGAGCAUGGCAUGGAGGGCGAGGCUGGUCUCCUGCCUGUGGCAGGCCAUCGGCGCCGUUGCGAAUAUCCUGACGUCGCUGGGCGAGUUCGACGCUUCGGUGCAGCUCCUCACGGCCGUCCUGCCGCGGAGUCUCGAGUGCGAUUCCGCAGCGCUGAGCGGGCAGCUGUACUCGUACCUAGCCGACGCCAACAUGGGCAUCGCGGGGACGAUGGCACCGCAGUCGGCCAAGAGGCGGGAGUACCUGACCCGGGCUACGGGUGCCAUACAAAAGGCGUUCGAUCAUUAUUCGAGUAUCGGGGAUAUCACAAGGCAGUGUGAGAUGAUGGCCAAGAAGGCAACCAUCAUGAAGGUUGCGGGGGAUAAGGUGCUGGCAGCGGAUUACGCGGCUGCAUAUGUAGCCCUGCGCAAGGAGGCAGCAGCACUUGCGAUAUGA